GCCCAGAGUGUUGCUCGUGUAAUAUUACUUCAACCACAAAAUUCAGCACCUCGUGUCUAGAUGAUCAAUCUAAGCAUCCCAGCUCCUCAAUUUUUGGAGCGCAGCAAACCAAAUUGCCAAGUCAUGUAAUAGAAUGUCCGAGCCGUUGCCUUUGCGGGUAGAAUACAUUCCAUGAAGCAUCUUCCAGCUCAGCCGUUUCCACUCUUACCCCCCUCACGAUUCUGUACUACCCAGCCAUGCGUCGCGUCGAGGGGGGUGAAUUGUUCCAAUUAAUAGCAUAAUGUAGGUAUGUGGCACAGCACUUGUCGGCGCUACGAACAAUAGACUGGUAAUAUAUGUAAAAAUAUCCCCACUGGAGUCCAGAGAUAUUGUUUUUGAAGUAUAGUCGCACAUUUACGUGAUUUCUUUUUCCAAGCAAAAAUAAUCAGUUAACUUCCAUACUAUGGCGAUCCCAGAGGUUGCUGUCGGCGGCGUCGUCGCUAAUGUGAUUCUUGUUGUCCUCGCAACUAUUAUCGUUUCCCUACGAUUCUAUGCGAGAAAGAGAAGUAAGGUGGCCUUACAAGCUGAUGAUUGGUUGAUUCUCUUCUGUUUGGUAUGCUCAAUUGCGUUAUGUGUUGAGUGCAUCUAUGCAGCCGCAAGUGGACUCCGAGGAGUUCAACUAUCGACCUUGAACUUCCCAGAUAUCGAACGAUUCUUUGAAGUGCAAUUUGCGGAUACUUUGAUUUGUCAUUUUGUAUAUGGACUUAUCAAGAUAUCAGUGGUGGUUUUCUACAAACGCAUUUUUACUAGUCGGAGCUUCGUCAUCUGUGCAAAUACCGUUUUGGGUAUGAUUUCGUUGUAUAUGAUUUUGUCUUUCUUCCUCUUCCUUUUUUCAGCCCAUCCUGUCGCAUCGUAUUGGAACACAUCACCUGAGUUAAUUGGAACUCAAUUCAUCUUGGACGUUCCGAACCUCGUUAUCGCCUGCGCGGCUGUAGAUAUCUUCCUUGAUAUCGCAGUUCUAAGUCUUCCAUUCCCUGUGAUUAAGGGCCUUCAUAUGCCGACGGAGAAGAAAGUUUAUGUUUCCGGUGUUUUCCUCCUUGGUGCUUUCUGUCUGAUCUCAUCUUGUAUUCGACUUUACUAUUCCCAGAAACUAUUCGGGACCAGCACACCUGAUCUCAAACUUGACGAAGAAGUCUACCUCUGGGCUCAUAUCGAAGCCUACGCCAGCACCAUAACUGCCUGUCUUCCCUGUCUCGCACCUCUUCUCAGCGGCGGCCGCAGCCUCGGCUCUAUAAUCGGUAGCGUGCGCUCCAAACUCUCUAUCCGUAGCAAAAACAGUUCUCUAUUCCGAAAAAAUUCUUCUGAUUCCAACAGAUUGCCAAGCCCUCUUUCCGAAAAGUCGCCUUGGAACGACGAUGGAUCAGGACCAACUUCAAUUGUUACGGGUGGAGCUAGAGAUUUGGAGAGUCAGAGAUAUCCCAAGUACCCAGAGGAGAGAAUUCUAGUGGAGAAGAGUUUUGCUUCUGCUGCUGGAUCAUCAGUUCAAUGAUGGACCAAAUGGAGUUGAUAUGCAUGAGACCUAGCUUUGGCGAGUGGUGUUUAGUUGGCUGUGUUUGUACUCGAAGGAUAGUCAAGGAUAGAUCCGUCCUUUAUGUAAGAUUGUAUUUAAAUAAAACUUAAAAUGACAUUAGGCAUUGCCUUGUGCUUUUUAAGCGGAUUUCCCAAAUUUAUAUUUCAAUUAGAACAUUUUUAAUGGCAGAGUUGCACAUCUAUA